AUGGACAAGAUGGCCACAGACUUAGCUACGAUUUAGCAGCCCAAACGUGGCGAAAGUACACGUUUUCUAAAGAUCCAGGCAACUAAAAGAAGAAGUACAGAAUAAAUCUAUUUGAAUUGCAAAGCAUAGCAUAGCAGGAUUAUAUCGAACAAAACAGGAGAAGUAUAAAAACAGAAGCAUCCAAGAGUUGCAGGUUUAUGUUUUGCUGAUAAAUUGUUUUAAAGCAACCAAGACCAAAAAGUUGCAUGAUGCGAAAAAGUCGUAUAUCCUUCAGUAUCAACAAAAAACAAGGCAAGACUGAAGGUGGAGAAUCAAAUACAGGCACAACAGAGCCUUCACCCACCACCAGUCAACAGCCAACAUUGAAACCAUCAUCCUAUUAUGCCUGUCGUUUUUGUUGCAAGCGUUUUAAAUCCGAGCAAACGUACACAACCCAUAGCAAAACUAAGAAACAUGCAAAGGCUGUGAAGGCUGGUCGGGAAAGCGAACUGGCAAAGAGUCACUCGUGUGCUGGAUGCAAGCAGAAUUUUGAGACAAGGCUGUUGUUAACACAGCAUUGCAAAAAGCAGAGUCAUAUGCCUUUAGUUCAGAAAACAGCUUUGAAGAAUCCAGUCUAUGGCAAGCCGUACACUGACACUGAACAGGAAGACCCAUUUGUUAGCAUCAAAUAUUACUCACCCCACUACUGUGAGGUUUGUGAUUUAGACUGUGUGAAUGAUGAGCAUUAUCAAGACCAUGCGAAGGGACCAAGGCAUGAGAAGGCGGUGGAAAAGAGAGCCGAGCAGGGGAAAGGUGUCGAGGUGGAUCUGGACACAAACGAAGUGGAUACCAGUGAUAAAUGUUUAGUGAUAAUGAACAAGGUUGAACCCAUCACAGAGACAGUGUCUGCAUAUUACUGUGGCAUCUGUGACAUGGAUUGUCGUUCAGAGGUCGCGUACACAGAACAUGUGACCAGCAAAGACCAUCAAGUACGUAUGGAAGGCCAUGGUCAGAUCAAGAUCUCCUGCGACCUGUGCUGUAUGACCUUCAACACACCAAACAACCACAAGAUGCAUUUGAGAAGCAAGAAACACGCCAGCAACCUGGCUGCACGCCAGCGCCUGAUGCCUGUUGAGACAGACUCGGAAAAAGAGAGCAUGCAGGACCUCAGGGAUAAAAUCAAAAGAACCAUCUCACCGCCGAUUGAAAACUUCGAUAAAAUUAAAGUGAAUAUCGCCGGGGAUUCCGUGGACGACGCCAAUUCUCGUUCGGUUGUCGUGGACAUUCAAGCCGACGAAGAGGACGCCAUGGGAAUGGGGAUGCCUCGGGUGACUUUGGAUAAGAAAGAGAAGAAAGAACUGGAGAAGAAAUUGAAAGAAGACGAAGAGGAACGCGGAAAAUGGGCGAAACGACGCGAAGAAGAAUACGGGAAAAAAAGAGCGGAAAUUCUGAAAGUCUCAAAACGAGACAGCAAUCCUGCUGGCGCUGAAGGCAAAGAACGAGGGCAAACUACCGAGGCCCGUGGACGGGGGAGAGGUAAAGGCACAACUUUCAGUGAUAAGUACAAAUGGGUGGCACCUGGCUUAAGGAACCAGUCAGAAAAAUCUGAUAGCAGCACCCCCCGGGAUAGGUACUCCAAGGAUGAUACAAAAGAUAAGUAUUCCAAAGAUGACUCCGGGGGGCGGUAUUCGAAGGGAGAAUCGAAGGAUCGGUAUUCCCGGGAGGGGUCGAAGGAUCGUGGUUCUCGUGAUCGGUAUUCCAGAGAUGACUCGAAGAGCGAUAAACGAGACAAGAGAGACAGCAAGUCUGAUCGUCGGAGCGAGAGACGAAAGGACUACGACGACGACAAAUACACGAGCGAUUCCGACAGUGAACGAGUGAUUUUGAGAAAAGGUGACAGGAAGACUGAAGAAGAUGAUGAUCUCAGGAAGGUUAUAAACAAACAGCGUGGAAUCGUUGAGAAAGAAGAUGGAAAAGGGUCUGUUGUUUUCGACUACGGUCACCAGAGUGUUGACAACGCUGCUGAUGAAACUCGAUCAGGAUUGAAAGGCUUUUUUGGUGGAGCUUUUGCUCAUCUCCGAGAUGAUAGUAGUGCUGCUGACCAGGGUGUUAAGAAGGUGGAGAAUUAUGGUACGAGCAAGAUGGAGGAAGUCAGGGAGUCGGAUGACAGACAAGAUGCCUGUAAAGACAUGGAACGCACGCUUCUGCUCGAGUUACUGAAACGGCAGUUCCCAGAUAUCCGCUAUCUCACCGAGAGACAGGGUGGUUUGGAGUUGAUGCAGAAGAUUUUCGGUGUACAUGGUAUGGGUGGCUUGGCUGGUCUGGAUCUCGAAGGAACAGGUGCUGCCUUGGCUGGUAGUAGUGCAAGGAGUGUCGGCAGCGAUGAAGGAAGCCAACAGUUCAAGCAAGAUAGCAAUGUUUUGUCGCUUGCCUCCGAUCAAGCCAUACCUGUGGAAAAGCAGGACAGGAAAUCCAGUCCUCCGGAGAAACGCGAAUCUCGAAGAGAUCGAAGAAGUUACAGCAGAAGCCGAAGUAGAAGCCGAGAAAGACGACGACGGAGCCGUAGUCGAAGUGAUAGCAGGAGUCGAAGCAGUGGAAGAAAAAGCCGAUACAGUUCCAGGAAACGAUCAAGAAGCUCGUCCCGGGACAGGUCUAGCAAGAGAUCGAGACGCACGCCAAGUCCCGAGAAAAGAAAGAAAGAGAAAGACGAAAGAAGUUCGGACGAAAAAGGGCAAAGCAAAGAUAAGGAUAAAGCGGAGGGUUCGCUCUCACAAGCUAAAGCCAAGAGUAAGGACGCGAAAGGAAAAGUCUUGGCCAAGUGGACUGUGUCGAACUGGUCUGGAGGAAAAGAGGAAGAUGGGAAAGACAAGGGUGAGAAAUCUGAACGAAAGAAAUCCGAUGAGAAGGAAUUGAAACGAGGCGAUAGAAAGGAAGAGAAGAAAUACAAGGAGAAGGAAGGAACAAUGGAAGAUGACACGAGGAAGACAAAACGGACGGAGGAGUCGAAGACCGCUCGCGAAGACGACAAGAAAAGACAACGAGUGAACAGCGAGGGAGAUAAGAUAUUCGAAGAUGCAAGUGACUAUGAAGAUAUUGAUGUCAAGAUGAAAGGCAGUCUCAAGGAUAAGUUUGAGAGUGAUUUUAAAGACGGAGAGGAUAAGCGUCCGAGUGAGGCUGAAAAACGUCGGUCGGACAGCAGCACGCGUAAAGCAAGAGGACAGGGAAAGACUGGCGAGGAGACGGGGGAUAAAAAAAGAGAGACUGAGAGUAGAAGCGAUGAGAAGAAACGAGAGACUGAUAACAGAGACGAGAAGAGAAGAAAGAAAUCCGAUCGUUAUAAUUACGAGGAGGAGUUGGGUGAGCUACAGAAAGAUCUUCUCGCAAAUCUUGCCAGAGUUGAGAACUUGGGUCGUGGUUUACCGAUGACUGGACGACCACCGUUCCCAUUACCAGGCAGUCCGUUUAUGCCUCCGCUUUCCGGUCCUCCGCUGUCCGGGCCUCUGAUAUCCGUGCCACCUCCACCACUUGGGAUGGUACCGGUGGCCGGUCCCUUUCCAACUAGACCGGGUUUGGGACACCCAAUACCUGUACCACCACCUAACGUUCAAGUAACCACACCAGUCAACCCAAAUUCUGCCCUGACGUAUAUCCAGCCGAGCGAGAAAAGCACUUCUCUCCCCCGUAAAAGUGGAAUCUCUUCUACUGACCGAGCAUUAAAAACCUUGCUCAGUCAGGUCAGUGCUCUUGGAUCCGGGGGGAACACAACUCUCACAUCGUCCGCAUUACGACCCGUAACUUCGGCGACAGCUGAGAGCGAAGGACUUCCUUCGGAACUACACAGACUUGGUGAGGAAUAUGGAGAUGAUAUUGAAGUCUCGGACGAAACAGAUGAGUUCGGGUCCAGGCCAUUAAAGUCGAUACUGAAGAAGCAAUCUAAAUUUUCUUCCGUUCAAGGUAAAGAGCAAGCAUCAAGUGGUCUGCCUAAGAAUGCAGUCGGUGCUGAGUAUGUUGUGAACACAGGUGAACAAGCGAAGUAUUUCUGUCAACUUUGUGAUGUUCAAUUCGCGACUUUGUCUGCUAAGAAUUUACACUUGCGUGGACCGAAGCACUUGGCAAUGUUCAUGAAACAUAAGUCGCCAUUGAUUGAUGAGAUGAUACAACAAGCGAUGGGUGUUGUCGUUGGAAAAACCGAGAAAAAAGAUGAUGCGGAACAAGACAGCGAUGAAGAGAAGGAGCUUGCGUCUGCGAUGUACAAGAAAAUGAAGGAAGAACCGGGAGAUGCACGAGAAAGCCCUCCUUUGAAGCGAGGUGUCGCAUCGCCUGAUCCAGUAAAAGCAAGUCCGGAGGAGGAUCGAAGUGUCUCGCCAUAUGACGGUCGCGAGCCGCGUCUUUACGUUGACGAAAGCACCGGACGAAUUGUGCAAGCUGGUGGAUAUUACAGCGAAAAGCCGAGAAGUGAGGAUAAUAGGGGAUCAAGAGAGGACGUUCAGGUAACAAGAGAGGAUCAGUCGGCCUCAAGUAGAAGUUCCAUUGACAGCGGUUCUUCGAAGUUAGAGCUAGGUGCGGUCCCAACCCCGGAUGAAUAUGACCGUCUCUCGCAAAGGGCGAAGGAUGUGUUGUCCCGAGAGGAGUACGCGCAGCUACCGCCAAGCACUAGGAAGUUACUGCUUUUAGAGACUGGUGCUCACCCUGCGGACAAGGAGACCGAGGCACGAUCUAAGGACAGCGAUGCACCCAAGGGAUACGAUCAAUCUUUGGUGGCUGGCAGAGAUUACCAGAAACCUGAUGAUAUCACAUCAAUUAGCAAGGAUUACGAGCUCGUUACUCCGGCGACUUCAAUCAAGGAUUACGACGAACUUUCCGUCAGAGCAAAAUCGCUGUUGACGCGAGAUGAGUACGAGCGACUUCCAGCUCGUGAUAAAGAAUAUCUUUCCAGGGAAGAAUAUCUCUCCAGGGAGGAAUAUGACAAGCAGACCGCACGAAAUACCGCAACUUUGACACGAGAUGAAUACGAGCUGGCUGCGCGCGAGAGAGAAAAAUUAGCUGCAAGAGACCUGAUGAACGAACGUCUGGAUCGCGAAAGACUUGCAGAUCUCGAUAGACUCAGUGAUCGGGAUAGAUUAGUCCUGGCAGGCCGAGACAGACUGGCGCUUGCUGACCGUGAUAGACUGGCGUUAGCUGAACGAGACAGGUUGCCUCUGGCCGAGCGGGACAGGUUGACGGAACGAGAGAGAUUGGCUCUAGCUGCUGACCGUGAUAGACUUGUGGAUAGAGACAGACUUGCGGCAUUAGCAGACAGAGAUAGAUUGGCAGACCGGGACAGACUUGCACAACGAGAGUACUACGACAGAUAUCCUCCAAGGGGCGAUUUACCAUACCGUCCUGGCCCACCAGACGACUACGCACGUGAACGAGGGAGACCUUUGCCAAGAGAAGAAUACAGUAGAUAUAUCGGUCCUUUAGAUGACGAUUUGGCCCAACGCAGGGACGAGUAUGCCAGACAGCGCAUGCGUGAAGAUUAUGGCCGGCCAUUUCCCAGGGAAGGAUACCGUGAUCCAGAUGGUCGUGACUAUCGUAGAGAUCCGAGAGAUGCUCCCCCCGGAAGAGAUGAUAUACCACCACCCCCGUACAGAGACUGGGAUAGGUCACGUGAGAUGCACGGUGACCCUCGACCUCGUGACAUCCGCGUGGUCUCGGAUAGAGCUGGCCCAGGCCCGUAUGGAGAGCGAAGAAUGAGCCCUCCCCCCCGAGAGUGGCCCCGUGUGGCGGAGGGGGCUCAAGCUGGUGUGCAGGAGCCCAGAGAAGCACCCACAGGUGGUGGUGGGGAAGCAGCACAUGCAACUGAGGGGGAGAGAAGACCUGAUGAGGUGGGACAAAAAAGAAUAGAGAAUACUGGAAGACUUGGCGGAUAUGAAGCUCGACCAAUGGCCGAUCGUCGUGAGGUGACAGACACUCAUGCAUAUGGUCAGCAGCCGUAUCGUGACGAUCCAAGUGAUCCACGGUAUCGCGGGCGUGAAGCAGGCCCGGAUUCUUCACGUCCAGAACAAUACGAAUAUGGUGGCUAUAAUGAUCCUACACGACGUGGGGGUCCUGCUGGAUCACGAGGACACAGAGGGCGCGGUGGCAUUAAUCGUGGUGGCCAGAGAGGACAUCCUAGGAAUGCUGGAUACAACAGAGGACAACCUAGACGCGGUGGAUUGGGGGGAAGAUACUGAUGGAAUGCGUGAUGCAUACUUUUUACAGCACAGAAUUGUUUAUUUUACUUGUGGUUUACAAGUCAAGGAAAAGAUUUUUGAAGAGGACUUUACAAUCUUGAGAAGAAUCACAGAGUUGAUUGUUGAAAUGCAAAACUGUAUGAACUUCAUUGACCGACCAACUGCUCCUAUGGUUUGGGUAACUACGCUGGAUUUUUACUUCAUAGUCGUGAGUUAUGUCAGCAAGACCUAGGAUCAAUUCUGAUUCAGUCUUUAUGAUCAAAUAUUAUAAAUAUUUCAAAUAUUAGACUAGCAUACUGUGUGAUGUGCUUGUAUAAUUGUGUAGUUGUAGAAUAUUUGUAGCCAUUAUA